CAUUUUCAAUUAGAACGUCAACCGAACUAUCCCUUGAAACAUUUAGUUUGACUACCGUUCAUUGGGAUUUGGGUGGCGAGACCGCGUAACUCACAUCCUGAAUUCCUUAUUGAUCCCGUUCUCGUGUAGUCGUCUGAUCUCCGCCACUAGCAACACCACGAAGCCUCCGUACAGCCACGGUGCUGUCCACAUUUGCAGACUAAAUACAAUGGCAGAGGGGGAGCCUGGGAAGAAAAAGUUCAUAAUUGACACUGAUCCUGGCAUUGAUGAUGCUAUGGCAAUAUUUGUGGCACUCCAAUCACCUGAGGUGGAGGUGCUUGGUCUUACUACUAUUUAUGGCAAUGUCUAUACCAGUCUUGCAACAAGAAAUGCCUUGCAUUUGUUAGAGGUGGCUGGGAGGACGGAUAUCCCAGUAGCUGAAGGAUCUCAUGUCACAAUCACGAAAGGGACAAAGCUCCGCAUAGCUGACUUUGUUCACGGGGCAGAUGGGCUGGGUAACCUAAACUUUCCUCCUCCAAAUGGAAAGCCAAUCGAGCAAUCAGCAGCUUCCUUUCUUGUUGAUCAAGCUAACAAAUAUCCUGGAGAAAUUACUUUGGUGGCUCUUGGACCUCUAACCAAUAUUGCCUUGGCAAUCCAACUAGAUCCUGCAUUUGCAAAAAACAUUGGAAAAGUUGUUAUUCUUGGUGGUGCUUUUGCCGUGAAUGGCAAUGUAAAUCCUGCAGCUGAAGCUAAUAUUUUUGGUGAUCCAGAUUCUGCAGAUAUUGUCUUCACAAGCGGAGCAGAUAUUCUAGCUGUGGGAAUAAAUGUGACCCACCAAGUCCUUUUCACUGAUGCUGAUCGAGAAAAGUUGGCAGCAUCAAAUGGAAAAUUAGCUCAGUACCUGUGCAAGAUUUUAGACUGUUAUUACCUCUACCAUUAUGAUGCAUACAGUAUAAAAGGUGUUUAUCUUCAUGAUCCAGCCACCAUGAUUGCUGCAAUAGAUCCUUCCUUGUUUACUUGGACAGAAGGUGCUGUCAGAGUACAAACAAAUGGUAUUGCUAGGGGUCUCACAAUACUUUAUAACAAACAGAAAAGGUUUGAAGAAGAGACUGAAUGGACCGAUAAACCUAGUGUUAAGGUAGCAGUCACCGUUGACGCUCCAAGAGUGGUCAAAUUGGUCAUGGAUCGUCUUAUAAGCUCGUAAGCUAGUUGUUGAUCAGGUGGGUUCAGUCGGUCAUAUUUCUCAUGAUGUAAUUCGAAAUGCAAGGUGUUAAUGUCUAAUCGAAAAGCUCGAGGGCAAUUGGUAGCUAUUGUGGAGGAAUUCCUUUUCUUCCUCCCUUUCUUAACAAGUACGAAAAUAAAAAUGGCUUGCUUCCUGUAUGAGAUAUAUAAAAUGUUAUGGAACAGAAAUACAUGUUUGAUGCUUGAUGCUUGAUGCUUGAUGCUUGAUGCUUGAUGCAUUUUGCCAUUAGAGCAAUAACAAUAAGACAUUUUUCAUGA